GACGAUAUCGUUAACGAUGUCGAUGUCCACGUCGAUGUCCACGUCGAUGUUCACGUCGAUGUUCACUUUCACUUUUGUUUUCAUCUAUCACUUUCUGCUUUACAAAACACUGUUAAACUUCUCAAGCUACGUAAAUCGCGCGCGUAAAGUUCCGCACGUGAGUUCGACGUUACUGUUAAAAAAAAUAUCACGUAUGUACGUAUAAUAACAUACGAAUAGUUCGAUCGUAAUUUGUCUUCUUUAAAAGGCUUUAUCUUAUUAUACCAAUUUAACAAUAGAUUCAUUAUUAAUAUAUGUACGCAAAAAGAGAUAAGCAAAAUAUUGAUUAGCAGUAUCCACGAUACGAUCGUCCACGCGAACCGGUAGUAGACAUACUAUUCGUGUUUCGAUUAUCGAAACGAACCCUCGUAAAUUCGAUAAUCGUAUUUUCUAACGAUCGAAUUGCGUAUAUACAUAUGUGUAUGUGUGUUGUGUGUAUAAAUAUAUAUAUAUAUAUAUGUCAUAUGAUAUAUAAAUACAAAUGAGAAUGAGAUUUAUGAUAACGAAAAUACUAAUGUUAAAAAAAUAAAUAAAUAAAUAAAUACAUAAAAUGUAUAUAAAAUGUACAUAAAAUUUGUUAUUCUGUGACUGCCAUUUAACAUUCUAACAUUUCGCAUUUGAAAGAAAUUAAUAGAAACUAAAAAACAUGAAGUAUUUAGAAAAAAAAAUGAUAAAUGCAUUGAAUAUAGUAUGUACUAUAUAAUUAAUAAUAAUAAAUAUAUAGAAUGUAACAUCUCAGAUAUUUGAACAUAACCUCCGUAAUGAUGUCCGAGGUUGAUGUUUUUGUCAGUAAUUAUACUCUCGUCGAUCCUGAAAUUUAUCAACUUUGGGUUGAUGGGCACUCUUCCAGCGAUGCAGUUACCACCUUACAACAACGUGGUAUUUGUAUACAAACUAAUGCUCCUCUAGAUUUAGUUGCUUCCGAUGUCCUUGAUCAUUAUCGUACAUAUGCUUUGUUGGAAAAGUUACUUCAUACUCCUACAAAACUUGCAACAGAACAACUGGCAUUUCAAAUAGAACCUCAAACUAGUCAAAUGCUCAUUGAAAUGUAUUAUGAAUUUGAUGAUAUUGUUGUUCGAGAACUAUUAGGUAAAAAGUUAACAUCAAAAAGUAGAAAAGAUAUGGAUGAAGUGUCUGAAAAGACUGGAGUUACUUUAAAAAGCUGUCGUAGACAGUAUGAUAAUGUCAAAAGAGUUUUCAAAGUCGUUGAAGAUUUACCUGGCUCUCUGGUUGCUAACAUCAGACAACAUUUUUUACUUUCUGAAGAUCUUGCUAAACGUUAUGCAGCAGUAGUAUUCAUAGCUUGUCUUAGAUUUGAAAUGAAUAAAAGGAAAUUGCAAUUUCUAACAUUUCCUGAUUUGUAUCAUUGUGCUAAUAGUAUGAUGGCAGCAUGGACUUAUCGAUGUGUUGGAUCAGAAUAUUUUGAUACAGAUCUUGACAGAGAAUUCUUGGUAGAACUUGCAGAAUGUAGAGUAUUAUUAGAAAAUGACAAACAUCAUAAGCACUUAGUAUGUAUCAAACUUAAACCAAUGUUACUUGAACGUUCAUACCAAGAGCUUGAUACAAAUUUCCGUUCUUAUUCAAGAGCUAUCUUAGGAAUAGGCUGUAAUCUACAUAGAUCUAGAGAAUUAAGAUUUUUCUUUUUAGAAUUGGUUGAAAGAUGUAUAGAGCCAUGGAAGCAAGUCAGUUGGUCACAUACCGAUCUUAGAAAUUUCUUAUCUGUGUAUAUGCAAUGUGCAUUGGAUAUGGAUGUGUUAAGAGAAAUUGAAAUUAGAGAUGCAUUUGAACGUUAUAUGACAGUUGUAACAUGUUGCUUAUUACGUAUGUAUCACACAUGACCACUAACAACCAACACUGAUAUAACAAACAAAAUAAAUGUGAUAAAUAUUUAAACAUAUUAAAAAAUACAGAAGCGAAAGACAAAUUAGUAAUAUGUAUAUAAUAAUUUAUUACUCCUUUGUAAUAAAUAAGCAAAUGCAGCAUGUUAA